AGAGGGGGACAGUAAUGAGCUUUUUUUUCAGCGCUAGAGACCGUCACGUCAAAUUAGCAAUAGUAGUUGGAGAGGUCAUGCACGGCAAACAUGGCAGUACAUGGUGUUUUGAAGUCGGUACUGUCAUCAUUUUCAAAUGCCCAGCGUAUGGUUUCCAAAGCUAGCUGCUUUCCACUUCAGUGCUUGAACCGCACUCCACCUCUUGCUGUGUUCGGGCUUGCUCCUAGCCGUGGUAUCGUUAAAGUGGUGGAGAAACAGGAGAAGAAAACUACCACUUUGGAGGGAGUGACUGUUGAUGUCCUUGGGGGACCCGAGCCACCCAACCCCUCAGCUCACUGCCCCAUCUACAGAUGGAACCUUCAGAACAAAUACGACUACACAGAUGUGCUGCUGCUUAGGCAGUUCAUCCGCUCCGAUGGGGGCAUGUUGCCGCGACGCGUGACUGGGCUGUGCACUCCAGAGCACUACAAGAUCGCAGCCUGUGUCCGCAUGGCUCAGAGAGCAGGUCUGCUUCCGGACCACAAACCUCCUCUUCCAGAGGGCCAUGUCCCCAAACCACAGCUCAACAGAUACCUGACGCGAUGGUCAAUCGGUACAGCGCGGCCCAUCUACAAGCGUGGCCUGAAGUGGUGUAAGAACCGUAUGCCAGUGGGAGAUCCAAUCAUGAAGGACAACAUUCAAUAUGGGAAAAAGCCUCCACGUUACUGGCACAGCUAAGAAAAACUUCAGCUAAGAAAGAGACUUUUACAACUCUGAUGAUCUCACACACACAAAGCCCUCCAGAACAUACCGCAGAGACAGAGGAUGCAAGUGGCACAUGCAUUUGUAGCCUACUUCUCCACACACUCUAAUUGUACUUCCCGCACAAACUAUUGUGUGACCUCGGAAUAUAAGUCCCAACGCUCUUCUGGUUGUGAACUGGGUGUGUUUCUGUGUAAAAUUUGCCUACUGCUGUCAGAAUCGUAUACAUAAAACCGCAUCUGUUAAGAAGUGCUAAAGACGCAACUCUCUUAUGUCAUCUUUAUUAUUCAAUGUAAAUAAAAUAAGUUGUCAGAGAAAUGAUAACCUUUA